UGCGACAUGGAAGGGAAAAUUCCGGAACUCUUCCUUCAAGAAUGCAGUACGACACAACCUAAGUCUUCACAAAUGUUUUAUGCGGGUUGAGAAUGUUAAAGGGGCUGUGUGGACAGUGGACGAACUUGAAUUCUACAAACGCCGUCCUCAGCGGCUUCAGGAACGCAUGUCAGGCAGUCUCCAAUUGCCAGCACAGGGUCUUGUUCCUCAAGGUAUACCUCUAUUGCAUGGUCAAGGGCGAAUGGGUAGUCCGCCUUUAAGGCAAAGUCCUGGAUUGUAUGGUGAUUCUUUAAAUGCUUCUUUGCAGGCUGCCCUGGCGGAAAGUAAUCUCUCCUUCCUGAGUGCGUCAGUUGUCGGCAGUGGAGCAGCGCCAAACACUCCUACGUCCACGCCAACGCCUGCUGCCACACCUGAUUGUGUAACUUCUCAGUCCUGUGGUACCUCUGGGUUUAGUGAAACAGACCGAUUUGUUGCAGAAAUGAUGUCAAUGAACAAUGCCUCUUUAAAUGGCUCGAACAUUCGCAUCAAACAAGAACCUAUAUCAGAUGAACCUGCGCACAUGUGUGGUGCACCUGAAAUUCAGCAUCAAAUGGAGGAUGAUGAGCAUCAUUCUGAUGGAAAUGAUGAUCAUCAUACAGUAGAUGAUGAUCAAGAAGAAGACAUAGAAGAAGCUGAGGACUUAUCAUUGUCAUCCUCUAUAAACUCUGAGCCUCAAGCUGCGACGUGUCCUUAAAAGCAAAAUUUAUUUAGUCUUGAAGAACUCCAAGCAGUAUAUAGUCUUUAAUCAUUGUACGUUAUCAGGACGUAGAACAUAAUUCAAGGGUGCUUAGUGAAAAGAAGAUUUCUGAAAACUGUCUCUCAAUCUUUUAUCCGUGAUUUCAACUUUGUUCGAUUGAUUAGUGCAACUAUUCAUUUUGAAGAAAGGAUACCAUGUUGGUUAGAAUUAAAAAUUAGUAGGAAAAGCCAUUCUGUGUGAUAAGUAAUAAAGCAUUAGAAUAUUUACUAAAAAUUAUUUAAUGAAGAAAAAUUAGUAAAACAUAGAGACAAGAACAUGCUAAUCAGCAUGAAUAUUAAUCUGCUUAAUAGCUAUUGUGAUGUGUAAGGAAGAUUGUUAUUACGUAUGUAAAAUAUAUAACAUUUCAAAAACAAAUUGUUUUAUGAACUUUAAACAAAAGGAUUAUUUUUAAAUAAUUGAGUAACUGCUGCAUUGUUGAUUUGUACUUAAUUGUAAGUUCUUGCAAUAUGAAAGAAAUUCACUACUUGUUAGUGUGUAUUGAGCUACAGUUGUUACCCUGUUGCUAUUGGGAGACUUUCAGUGAAUCUUCUUCAUCAUCCUUGUAAUUUUUCACGGCUGCCAGCAGCUGAGUCAAUCUUCCGGCCAAAUCAGUUCUCGACUAUGUAGGAAAGUGCUGUACUGUACUAAUUACAAAAAGAAUACCUCACUUUAUUGCAAUAUAUACCUCACAUUGCAACGACAUUGCGUAUCCUUCCUUUGGUGUUCCUGUGCGUCACUUCAAAUGUCAUUGCUGUGGUGACGAGAAGUGAACACUACAAGUGACUUUUUUUUUUUUU